GCUUCCUCCUUCGGCCUCUUUCUUUCACGCGUCCCUACCGUGAGAUUUGUCAACCUUGUCUUUAAACCGGCUGUUAAACCGAUCCUUGGAAGCACUGCAAAGAUGCCCAGGGAAGACAGGGCCACGUGGAAGUCCAACUAUUUUAUGAAAAUCAUCCAACUGCUGGAUGACUUCCCCAAGUGCUUCAUCGUGGGUGCAGACAAUGUCGGCUCCAAGCAGAUGCAGACGAUCCGUCUGUCACUGCGGGGCAAGGCCGUCGUGCUCAUGGGCAAAAACACCAUGAUGCGCAAAGCCAUCCGUGGCCAUCUGGAGAACAACCCUGCUCUGGAGAGGCUGCUCCCCCACAUCCGUGGGAAUGUUGGCUUUGUCUUCACUAAGGAAGAUCUGACGGAGGUCCGGGACCUGCUGUUGGCAAACAAAGUGCCAGCUGCCGCCCGUGCUGGUGCCAUCGCCCCCUGUGAGGUAACUGUGCCUGCUCAAAACACUGGGCUGGGUCCUGAGAAGACCUCUUUCUUCCAGGCUUUGGGAAUCACCACCAAGAUCUCCAGAGGAACCAUUGAAAUCCUGAGUGAUGUUCAGCUGAUCAAGCCUGGAGAUAAGGUGGGUGCCAGUGAGGCCACACUGCUCAACAUGUUGAACAUCUCGCCCUUCUCGUACGGGCUGAUCAUCCAACAGGUGUAUGACAACGGCAGCGUUUACAGCCCGGAGGUGCUGGACAUCACUGAAGAUGCUCUGCACAAGAGAUUCCUGGAGGGCGUGAGGAACAUCGCCAGUGUGUGUCUGCAGAUUGGCUACCCCACCCUCGCCUCCAUCCCUCACUCCAUCAUCAAUGGAUACAAGAGGGUCCUGGCUGUUGCUGUGGAAACCGACUACUCCUUCCCCUUGGCUGAGAAGGUGAAGACUUACCUGGCCGACCCCACCGCCUUCGCUGUUGCAGCUCCUGCAGCCUCUACUGCUGAGGUGAAAUCUGCUGCUCCUGCUGCCAAAGAGGCGCCCAAGGAGGAGUCUGAGGAGUCGGAUGAGGACAUGGGCUUCGGCCUGUUUGAUUAAACUGCAGAAUGACAUCAGUCUGUCAAUUUAACCUCAAAACACCUGGAAACAAGAACAAUGACAAUUAAUUCAUUUGCUGUUAAUGCAUUUGCAGUUAUGUGAAUUAAAAAUUCUUCAAAACAAA